ACCGCUAGCAAGAGCCCGGGGAGGAACAGCACCCCGGGAACGGAGAUACGGCACAUUCUUAAAUGAAACUACGAAGUUACAGCCCCGCCUUGCCUUUAGGUACACUCGUUUAUUUCACAUGCGUUUACGGUACAGCUUCACAGCUGGGCUUUCCUUGCGCACUCCUUUCAGCGGAAUGAAGAGAGCGCCGUCAGCAUAUCCAUCCGCUCUGGAAAUCAGGGGCUUGGCAGAGCCACCCUCACAGCGUUUGAAACAACGUAGACAUGUUGAACGAUUUAAUGUACAAGCGCAGGCAAAAGUCAUCGUAAGAUUUAAUGCAGAUUUAUAUCUAUAUGUUACAGGACUGAGUGGGGAACUAGUUUCUGGAUGAGGGAGCGUUCAUCUCUUCAACUGAGGUGAUCAGUUCUGGUUAGGAUAUUCAUAGUACUAUUUCUUAAACAUCUAGAAACAUAAACAUAAACGGUCAGUUAAUUAAAACUGUUCUCAGCUGUAUCUGAUGUUGUCAUUGUGUCUCUGUAGCGCUUCUUCAAAUAAUGAUUUCAACAGUUUGUACGGAGUCUCCCCCUAACAUUUGGAAGUGGUAGUUCCCAGAAGGCUGGCCCCGUUGACGUUAACUGAUUGGAAGAAGGAGUUUUAAAUUGACAGCUCAGCAGACGAAUCGAGAACCAGUUGAAGCUUAGCAACAGCGCACGAGUCAUUCUGUCCAAUGGCCGCGCGCAAGGACCGGGUCGAAUCUCGUCUCGGGCCUCGCACGGUGAUUGGUCGACAGCUGGGGAAUGUAGCUGGGGGUUGUGGGAUAGGUAGUUUUUUAGGCUCCCCUGGCCGUGCUCGGAAUAGGGCGUUCGGACUACAAGUUCCAGAACGUCGCUCCGCCCGUAAGUUUCUGGCAUGCGCAGAGCGCGCGGCGGUGUUUGUAUAUAAACAGGGGCUGCUGCUCUCCGCCAGCAGUUGGGAGAGAGAUGUGGAGGCGGUAGAGUGAGGCUUAGGAGGCGCGGAAGAGGGUCACGGGUGCUGAAAGAGUUAACUGAGGCACUGGAGAGCUGAGCAACUAGCGGCGCGUCAGGAGUAACAAGUGAGAAGUCUGAAGACAACUUUCUGCUUCGUCCAGGCUCGACGCUUCCUAGAUAGAGACCGGAUGUUGUUGAAUUCAGGAAAGAAGAGCGACUUUUGAUCAAGCCCGAGAUCUCGCUCGCGUUGACUGGGGGGAGAGUCGGGGCUCGGAUUUGCGCAGCGGAGCGGACGAGCCGCCCACCUGCUGCCAGGAUGUCGGAACCUGCCGACCCGGACAGCCAGCGGGGCCCGCAGUCCCCCGGGGCCCCGGCAGGGGGCAGCCCUGAGCCUCCGGGGCAGCUGGCGGCCUGCGAGGGCGGCGGCGCGCAGGCGGGCGCUAGGGGGCGCUGCGGAGCCGGGGGGCCGGCCCAGAACGGCGCUGCCGAGGAGCCGGGUCAGGCCCGGGGCAGCCCGGAGGCGUGUCCCGGGGAGGGCGGGCCGGCGGCGCAGGGCCGGGGCGGGGGCGCCCUGAACCCCGGCUGCCCCGGCGGGGGGCUGCCCGCCAUCCCGGAGGCGCGCCUGGGCAAGAAGAAGCACCGGCGGCGGCCCUCCAAGAAGAAGCGGCGCUGGAAGCCCUACUUCAAGCUGUCCUGGGAGGAGAAGAAGGAGCUGGACGAGCGGGAGACGGCCCGGGCCUCCCGGGUCCGCGCCGAGAUGUUCGCCAAGGGCCUGCCGGUGGCGCCCUACAACACCACGCAGUUCCUCAUGGACGAGCACGACCUGGGCGAGCCCGACCUCAACACCGAGCUGUGCGGGCGGCGGCUGGGCGCGGCGGGCCGCCCGGAGGACACGGCCAGCGAGGAGGACUUCCCGGAGCCGGAGGACGAGGAGGAGGGCAGCGGCGGCGGCAGCGACGGCAUGGGGCGGCCCGGGGACGGCGGCGGGGAGUUCCUGCAGCGGGACUUCUCCGAGACCUACGAGCGCUACCACGUCGAGAGCCUGCAGAACAUGACCAAGCAGGAGCUGGUGCGGGAGUACCUGGAGCUGGAGAAGUGCAUGUCCCGGCUGGAGGACGAGAACAACGUGCUGCGGCUCCGCGCCGCCAAGGGCCUGGACGUGCCCGCCGAGAGCCCGGCCCCCGAGCCGGCCCCGGACCCCCGGCUGCAGGAGCUGCAGGAGCUGCAGAGCGAGCUGGAGCGGCUGCGGGCGCAGAACAGCGAGCUCCGCCUGCAGAACGAGCGCUGGAGCCGGGAGCGGGGCCCCGGGGCCUCGCCGGGCGAGUGAGCGAGCACUGCCGGGCCCUGGCGGCCCCUCGGCCCCGGGCCGGCCCGGCGGGGCUGCUGGCCCUUCCCGAACUGGACUGCGGGGCGCUGGCUCCGGACUUCAUCAGCAAGGAAUGUACAUAUUUUAAGUCGGCUUGAAGCUUUUUACAGAUAACGUGGUAAAAUGUUUUCCUUUUUAUCUUUUAGUUUUCUUUUCCCCCUCCUGGUGUUAAAACUGAACCCUCCUCCGGUCUGUACUGGUCGGACUCGACUACAUCUGACAGCUGUUGAAAAGCCGCCUGUCCUUUCCUCUUCAGUUUGUAAAUAUAUAAAUAUACACGAUAUGUGCUUUUGUGUUUUUAUUUUUUCCGACUGUUUUGUUCUUGAAGCGCUAGCCGCAUCUCAUGAAUAAACAUCCCCUUUCAAACUGGG